AUGGCACCAUCACUCGUCGAGAGGACCGUUGAUGACAUCGCCGAGAGCGUCCAUAAGAAGGACAAGAAUCAGAGCAGCUACAAGGAGGCCUUCUCACAGCGCGCGGCCACCACGAAUUACGAGGCCGAGAUCAAUAGCUCUGAGAAGGCACCACCCGCAAAGUACCCGAACUAUCUGCCAUACUGGGACGACGUGAAGUACCCGCCGUACGAGUCCUUCGAUGCCUACGAGCACGGCAAGGACGCCGAUCCAAAGUUCUCCAACCUCUUCGCUUCAGGUGUCACCGGCGUGCAGCUGAGCAAGCUCAACCGCGCCGGCCAGGACGAACUAGCUCUCUUCGUCGCCCAACACAAAGUCGUCGCCUUCCGCGCCCAGGACUUCGCCGACCUACCCAUCCAGGAAGCUCUCGACUUCGCAGAGUACUACGGACCCAGUCACAUACAUCAAACGAGUGGAGCACCUAAAGGCUUCCCUCGAGUCCACCUCGUCCACCGCAGCGCGAGCGACACCACGGCAAAAGACUACUUCGAAGAACGCACCAAUUCCGUAACCUGGCACACCGACGUCUCCUUCGAAAUGCAACCCCCGGGCACCACGUUCCUCUACCUCCUCGACGGCCCCCCAGCCGGCGGCGAUACCCUCUUCGGCAACAUGGUAGAGGCCUACAAACGCCUCUCCCCCAAAUUCCGCAAACGUCUCCACGGCCUGCAAGCCGUGCACUCCGGGCACGAGCAAGCGCAAGCCGCCACCGCACGGGGCUCCAUCUACCGCCGCGAACCCGUCAGCAACGUCCACCCCAUCGUCCGCACGCAUCCCGCGACCGGCGAGAAGGCUUUAUACGUUAACCCGCAGUUCACGCGCCGCAUCGUCGGUUUCAAGAAGGAGGAGAGUGAUUAUUUGCUCAAAUUCCUGUACGACCACAUCGCGCUGUCCGCCGAUCUGCAGUGUCGGGUGAAAUGGGCGGAGGGUACGGUGGUGGUGUGGGAUAAUCGGGUUACGGCGCAUAGUGCGAUUUUGGACUGGCAGGAUGGGCAGCGGAGGCAUUUGGCGAGACUGACGCCGAGGGCGGAGAGGCCGUUUGAGACGCCUUUUGUGACGCCGGAGCAGGAGGUGAAGUAG